AUGCCUAAAGAAAAAGGCAAGCGUCGUUCAGGACCAACUCGAGGCUCAACUCGUGGCCGUCCGCAGCGUGGCAUCGAGCAAACGCCGGCUGCAGAUGUUGGUGAAAGUUCAACGACGCCGUCGAGUACUGCUGGGGUGAACUACGCCGACUUAUCAACGGAGGUUCUCCAUCUCCUCCUGGCGCAACGAAAUCUCGCGCUUUCUGGUUCGCGUGAUACUCUUCUUCGUCGCCUCGCCGAUCACAAUGGAGCAGAAGUCCCACCUGCAUCGAGUACCGAUCGGAGACCCAGCUCAACACCGGAAUACUCAUCCGAAUCUCUCCGCUCGCUUGCGUCGAACCUUGUUCCUCUUCUCCGCGACGUUUCGGCCCAACAAAACGGGUCGCCGCCAACUAUGCCACCUCGACCACCGUCGCUGCCAAGUUUUCCCGCGCAAAACGCUCCAACGCCGCCUCUGGACCUUGGUAAUCCAUCACAAGUUGCCAGCCUCCUUUCGUCGCAGCCGUCGACAUCUUCUUCGCCAUUAGACGUCAGCCCAAGUUUACCAAAAAGGCUUGAAGAGCAAAUUCUAAAGGGUGAGUUUGUCGAUUUUUCUUUGCUUCUCCCGGGUAAUUCAGACCGUCCUAGUUUUUCCCCUAUUCACCUUUCAGUAGAGGGCGACCAGGGUUUCACGAUCCCAAUUCCUUUCUCAAAUUUCAGAAAGCGCGCUAAAGUCGACAACAUAGAUAAGUGGCUUACUGCUUUUGGUAUUUACGCGUCCGUGGUUGUCGCUAAAUUUCCACAUAAGGCCGCGCAGCUGUUUGCCUACCAGCGCAUAAUCCGCGAAGCUUCGCAAAAGUUCAAAGGCCUCGCAUGGUACGCUUACGAUAUUGAUUUUCGAAAGCUUGCUGCCAAAAUUCCAGCGCUUAAUUGGGGUGAACGCCAUUUCCAGCUUUGGCUAGAUAAGUUCACGGGUCUCGCGCGUCAAAUUUGUUUUGUCUGCGGCGGCGCUGAUCACAUGUCUGAUAUCUGCCCUCUUUCCUCAAGGUUUGAAGGUAGCCGGCCAAGCAGGUUUCCAACCAAAGAAAGUUUUGCCGGAAUUUCAACGGAGGUGUCCCAUGUAUUACCUCUCCGUGUCCGUUCGAACACCGCUGCAUUCGACCAGACUGUGGUGAACAGCAUGGCGCCUACACUCACGAUGACACCAGCGCUAAAAGAGUUGAUGACACUUCGCGUCGCAGAAAACACAAGUAAAGCUUUUGUUGACAAAUUAAAACCAGUUACACCAAUUAAUGUUAAUUUACUUGAAUCUCUGUUAACUGACCACCCAGAUCGUGAAUUUGUCUUCGGCCUCUGUUCGGGCUUGAGGGACGGGUUUAAAAUUGGCUAUCACGGGCCUCGUCAGCCUUAUUUUUCAAAAAAUCUAGAAACCGCUUACCUCUUGUCGGAAACCGUUGAUAGUAAUUUACUCGACGAAGUCAAACAAGCUCACACUAUUGGGCCUUUCACUGCACCCCCAUUUCAAAAUUUUCAAAUUUACCCGUUGGGUCUCGUUCCUAAAAAGAAUUCGUCCAAAUGGAGAACAAUUUUCCACUUGUCGUAUCCAAAAACUUCCAACGCCAGCGUCAAUGCGAACAUUUCGUCCGAGGAAUAUUCGCUACAAUAUGUACGCCUUGAUGAUGCUAUAAGAAUCCUUCUAAAGCUCUGUCCAAAAUGUUUCAUGGCCAAAACCGAUGUUAAAUCCGCCUUUCGUAACAUACCAGUACAUCCUGACGACUGGGAACUUCUCGGCAUGAAAUGGCGUGAUUUGUAUUUUUCGAUCGUGUACUUCCUUUUGGUCUUCGAAGUGCCCCUUUCAUUUUCAACAUGCUUUCUGAUGCCCUCGAAUGGAUUCUUAUACACAAACUAGGAGUUUCAAACGUUCUCCAUAUUUUGGACGAUUUCUUUAUAGCCGAACCCGCACCACGUUCGGCAUGUUUAACUUCCUUAUGUAAAUUGUUGUGCCUGUUUACCGAGUUAGAUGUUCCAAUUGCCCCUGGAAAAACGUAUGCCCCUAACCAAGUAUUGGAGUUUCUCGGGAUUUCUUUAGACUCUGUCCGCAUGAUAGCUUACCUCGGCCCCCUGAUAAACUUGGUCAAGCUAGGUCUUUGCUUGAGAAUUGGCAAAAACGUUCAUCGUGUAAGUUAAAGGAACUUCAUUCUCUAAUUGGCGUUCUCCAGUUUGCAUGUCGUGUGAUUGCCCCGGGACGUACGUUUCUUCGUCGCAUGAUCGCUUUAACAUGUGGGGUAAAACAGCCUUACCAUUUUGUUCGAUUAAACUCAGGGUUUUAUAAAGACUUAGCUAUGUGGGAACUUUUUCUAAAACAUUGGAACGGUAUUAGUCUUUUUCUUGAGUCCGAACAGACGCCAUCGCCAACACUUCAACUGUAUACCGACGCAGCUGGUUCCAUAGGUUUCGGUGGUUAUUUAGCAGGGCAAUGGUUCCAAGGCUUUUGGCUGCCGGAACAAAAUAUCAACCAAAAAACCGGUAUUUCGAUCGCAUGGCAAGAACUUUAUCCAAUUUAUCUUGCCUGCUGUCUCUGGGGAUCCCAGUGGACAUCUAAACUCAUUGUGUUUUUCUGUGACAACGAGUCCAUCGUUCCAGUUCUUAAUCAAAAAACCUCUAAAAGUCCGAAGAUAAUGGAUUUACUGCGACCAAUUGUCCUUUGUACGCUAACAAAUAAUUUUACGUUUACCGCUAAACAUGUGCGCGGAAUCGAUAGUGGCAUUGCUGACUCGCAUUGA